AAAUGACACCGGUGUAGAUUCUAAACAGAGUUUCUAAAUUUGACAUAACAUAUAACCAAAUAACUUAAAUUUGAAUUGAAAAAUUUUGAAAGUAAAAUAUAUAUUCAUAUGUUACAUUGCUUUGGAUGAUUUUCGUAACUUGAAAAUAUGAUACAUGAAUGUCUUUUCAAUUUAUGGAAUAAUGCAGAUGGUGAAAAUGUGUCUGAAACAUAUAAUUGGACGCAUCUGUUUGAAUUGCAAGAUUUCUUACACCCAGGAGAACAAAAACUCUUACAAACGAUUGUUGAAAUCGCUACAGAUUAUCAUAAAAUAAAUAAUUUUAUUAAAAGAAAAUUAAACCAAACUGCUAAUUUUGAAGCAAAUUCUGCACAGUUGAAUGAGAAAUCAACUCAAUGCGGUUUUUAUCUAACUGCUUUUUGUGCUGGAGUUCAUAAAACUCUCGAUGGUUAUAGAAAAAAUAUCGUUGCAUUAGAACAGAUGUUUUUGGAUAACCCUCAGCUUUCUUUGACAUUUAUUCUUAGCAAUGUUGAGAAAUACAGAACUUUAUUCCAAGCAUUAAUGUCGAUGAUCCACAUUAUACAAAAUGAUAAUGUACAUGGUUGUUUGUUGAUAGGAAGACUACAUAAAUAUGUCAGUUGUGGUGUCGAUCAAGUUGCUGCAGCUGCUGACGAAAUUAUCAAAUCAAUGAACUCAGUUUUCUAUAGACAUUUAUGUAAUUGGAUCAUAUAUGGUGAUUUGGUGGAUACAUUUGAAGAAUUUUUUAUAAGGGAUGGUAAAAGUCCAGAUGAAAAUUUUUUAUACCCGGAACAAAUGGUAGAAUUGUCGUUAGAAAGUUCUGCUAGUCUUAAUAUACAGAAACGAAGAAUUCGGAGACCACCUGUAGUAAGAAAAUUCUUUAUAAAUUGGGAUAUGGUUCCUAUAUUUAUAAGCGAAGAUAUGGCUGAAAGUAUCUUAUUUAUGGGGCGCAUAGUGUGGAUAAUUAGAAACGAUCCGAGAAAGAGUGGAGACGAAAAUUAUCAAAUAAAAAAUAUAUGGGGAGGUCAAGAUAUUGAAUAUUAUAAUAAAGUGCAGAUGUUGGAAAAUCAAUUAUUUAAUAAUACCGAAUUUCAAAAAACUAUGGAAGAAUGUAGAGUGAAAUUAACUAAGUACCUCUGGUCUAUAAUGUUAGACGAGGGAAAUUUGGUGGAACAUUUACAUUUAAUAAGAGAUUACUACGCCUUAGGAAGAGGAGAAUUGUUUCAACAAUUUAUAAGGGUUGCAGAAGAUCAUCUAAAAGAUACUACAUCAGAUUUGGUGGUACAAAAUCUGAAUUUCAUAUUUCUAGAAACCGCUCGAAAAAUUUAUGGGGAUAACGAUAAGACAUACCUCAAAUUUGAAUUAACAUCUAAUUCAGAUAUUACUCGUACAAAUCCAUGGUCUAGAUUACAAAUGAAUUUCGAAAUUGAUUGGCCCCUUCAUAUCGUAUUUCACCCCAAAGUUAUGGAAUUAUAUAACAAGUUAUUUUGUUUUUUAUUGAGAUUGCGUAAGACUCAAAUCGAUUUACACAAAUUAUGGGCCGAACAAGUUUCCAGGAAAAAAAGGAUUGACAGAAGAGUUUGGACCUUGAGGCAAAAUUUAAUGUUUUUGGUAAAUAAUCUCCAGUAUUAUCUCCAAGUAGACGUUAUAGAAGCACAGUUCUCGUUUUUACUGAAAGCCGUAGAAAAUGCUAAUGGUUUCGAAGAUAUAAUCAAAGUACACCACGAAUUCAUUUCUAAUUUAUUAGCUAAAACUUUUGUUUCAACUCCUGAUGAGGAACACACAUGUAAAAACAAACGUAGUCUUUAUCAAGUGCCUGCAAUCCAAUGUGAAGUUCCUAGUAAGGUAUACAGCAUUAUCAUAAAAUUAUUAGAAUUGUGCGAUCGUUUUUGUUUGGUCGCCAGUAUUUGGGAUUCGGAAUUAUCCGAUAUAGAAUUGGAGGAAUUAGAAAUUUUCCAAGGUCAAAGCGAUGUCGUCGUAGAAUCAAUGUUGUUUAUACUACAUAGGCUACGUGAAAAAGCCAGCGGUGAACAUUUAUUACAAUUAUUGUCACAAUUAGAUUUUAACAGAUAUUUUAGCAAACAUAAAACGGAUACUAAUUCGAGUGUUAUUUAAAUAGUUUAUAAAAAUGUUAAGUUGAUAAAUAAAUGAAUUUUGAACCAU